GGCGGCCGCAUCAGUGAUGGAGGCCCCUGCCCCCAGCUCCGUGCACCUGAGCGACUGGCAGAGAAGUUACUUUGCUAUUACCUCUGACACCUGCACACCUGCACAGAAGGCAGAUGAGUACCGUGCCAAAAUCCUGCGUAUUCAAUAUGCAUGGGCAAAUUCUGAGAUCUCCCAGGCCUGUGCUGCCAACCUGUUCAAAAAGUACGUGGAGAAAUACUCUGCGGUUAUUGACUCUGGCAACACGGAGACCGGCUUGAAUAACUAUGCGGAAAACAUUUUGACUUUGGCAAGGUGUCAGCAGAAUGACAGUGACAAGUGGCAAUCUGCCUUGACAACAGAUAAUGUAUUUGAAUUAAAGUGUGUUCAAGAGAGGAUGCAGGCUGGCAAAAUUUUCCACAGCUCUCAGAUGGCACUGACAGAUGCCUGUGUACGAGCUGGUAAAGGGGUCAGUGCCUCCGCUGCUCCAGCUCUUUCUAAACUCUGUGUCUUCGGCAGUGCCGGAGAGACUGAGCUCUGUGCUGGCUCAGCAAAAUGUGCAAGUCAGGGACCAGAUCGCCUGGAGCAUCCCUCGUCUUCAAAGUCUCUUCAAAGCUGUGUGCCUCCUGUGACUAAGACUUCAGAUACGCUUCCUGCUGCUUCAACCUCCUUAAGCAAAAGGGUUCAACCGGUUUUCCAGGCAACUCCACUGUUUGGAAGUAAAGAAGCCACAAGUAGUAGUUCUCUGAAAAUGUCAGGUAACUGUUGUGAUGGGCAAAAUUUGUCUCUUUUUAACCAGUCAGCUGCACCUGCAUGGUCUGCGAGCUCUGGGAAAAGAAAAGCGUUCUAUGGUCUGGCUGAUGAAGGCAGCACAGUUAUUCCUAGCCCUGCUCCAUGCCAGCCUCCCAUUAGCACAGAAACUAGUAGUUUUUCAGGGCACAGAAACAGAAAUGAAGAGAGCAGUGCUCCAGGUUUUAAAACUGCAAAAGAGCAGCUGUGGGUGGAUCAGCAGAAGAAAUCUCAAAACCAAGCCCAGCGUGCACCAGUCUCGUCAUAUGGAGGUGUAAAAAAAUCCCUGGGUGCAGGCAGGUCUCGGGGUCCGUUUGGCAAGUUCGUUCCUCCGGUGCCAAAGCAAGAUGGAAGUGAAAAUGGAGGAGCACAGUGUAAACCUCACACAGGAGGACCAACAGAUUCAUCGCUGCCUGUAGAUGAACGGCUGAAAAACAUAGAACCAAAAAUGGUUGAACUCAUUAUGCAUGAGAUCAUGGACCACGGGCCCCCAGUCAACUGGGAUGACAUCGCUGGAGUUGAGUUUGCUAAAGCUACUAUAAAGGAAAUAGUGGUCUGGCCUAUGCUGAGGCCAGACAUCUUCACUGGGUUGCGUGGUCCUCCUAAAGGAAUUCUGCUCUUUGGCCCCCCUGGGACUGGCAAGACUCUCAUAGGCAAGUGCAUUGCAUGCCAGUCUGGAGCAACUUUUUUUAGCAUUAGUGCCUCUUCUCUGACUUCCAAAUGGGUGGGUGAAGGGGAAAAGAUGGUCCGUGCGCUGUUUGCUGUGGCACGAUGUCAACAGCCAGCGGUGAUUUUCAUCGAUGAAAUUGAUUCUCUUCUGUCUCAGCGUGGGGAAGGGGAGCAUGAGUCAUCAAGAAGAAUAAAAACUGAAUUUCUAGUCCAGUUAGAUGGAGCAACAACCUCCUCUGAAGAUCAUAUUCUAGUGGUUGGGGCAACAAAUCGACCCCAGGAGAUUGAUGAAGCUGCCCGAAGGAGACUGGUGAAGAGACUGUACAUCCCCCUUCCGGAGGCCUCCGCCAGGAAGCAGAUUGUUACUCGUCUCAUGUCCAAGGAGCACUGCUCCCUAAACGAAGACGAAAUUGAACUCAUAGUCGAGAAAUCUGAUGGGUUUUCUGGAGCAGACAUGACACAGCUCUGCCGGGAAGCUUCUCUGGGCCCCAUCCGCAGUCUGCAGUCCAUGGACAUCACAACCAUCCUGCCGGAGCAAGUACGGCCCAUUGCUUUCCUGGACUUUGAGAGUGCCUUCAGGACCGUGCGGCCCAGCGUCUCCUCCAAGGACCUGGAGCUCUAUGAAACCUGGAACCAGACAUUUGGCUGUGGUAGAUGAACUGCAAUCCUAAUUGUUACACAGGAACAUUCCUUUAACACUGCCGUGUAUUAAACAUGGUAAUUUAGAGUUGUCUGCACUUCUUUUUCUUUCUGUCUGGGAAUUAAACCUUCUUACAUUAUGCAGGCUGUGACCUGAGGUUUUUCCAGCUGAAAAGACCAUGAGGAACUACUGGUCACAAAAUGAAAAAUUGCUGAACACCAGUAACAGUGAGAAGCUGACAAAAUGUACAGAUAGGUGCUGUGAAAGAUGGAUGAAUUUCACUGAUGUUCAAGGGGAAGAUGGUCAAACCUCAAAUAUAAUUGACGGGAGUACUGGGGGCAAUCUUACAAAGCCCACUGUGCUGUA